CUUGAGAAAAUAAAGAUCCGUAUUGCGUUUGUAGCGUCAAACUUUAAUUUUGAAAUGUUUGUAACGGAAGUGGCCACUGUUAUUUUGACACGCUUGCUGACGGUCCCACAGAUUGCUAUUGUCCCGUUAUGGGCCACUUAACGGUUCGCUCGAGUCUACAUCCUCCGGGGAGAAAAGGGAGGAGAGGAGAAGACGACAGCUUUCUUUCAAAAAUGUUCAUGAAUCCACGCUGUACACUUUGGAAACUACUUUUGAGCCCGGCGUCGUGGUGGAUAUUUACAAUUUGUCUUCUUGGAGGUAUCUUCCCUCCACCAUGCUCCGGAGUUCAUGUCUUUGUGAGGGAUGAGAGAAAGUACGCCAUUCUGUUCCAGUCGGUGGUUCUGCCUUGCCAGUACACAAGUGUGUCAACCCAGACGGCUGUGGUGCAGUGGGUCUACAAGUCGUACUGCCGGGAUCGAACGAGGGAUUCGUUUAGCAUUACGGACAGUCUGAAUGGCGGCCUGGGUGGAAGUGGGCCGGCGGGUAGGAACGGAGUCAUCAGUGGAAGUUACGAGGCUGGGAGGACGACGGGAUACCUCGACUGUUCUGACAACAGUCGGACCGUACGGACCGUGGCCUCCAUCUCCGGUUCCUCAGUCACACUAUCCGAGUUCUACAAGAACAGAGACAUCUCCAUCAUCAACAAAGCGGACCUUCAAAUAGGAAGGGUCAAGUGGGGAGAUAGUGGAGUGUACAUCUGCAAAGUGGUCAUAUCUGAUGAUCUGGAGGGGCAGAACGAAGCUUCAGCAGAACUGCUGGUUCUUGGUUUUUCCGGUGUGCCUGAAGAUCUUCUGCCAGACUUUCAUUUGAAGAUUAUGCCAGAGUGGGUGUUUGUGGUGGCCGUGGUGUUUGGCAGUGUCUUGGUCCUGGUGCUGGUCGGGGUCUGCUGGUGUCAGUGCUGUCCUCAUUCCUGCUGCUGCUAUGUUAGCUGUUGGUGCUGCCCUGACACGUGCUGCUGCCCCAGACACUUGUAUGAGGCAGGUAAGGGUAUAAAGUCAGGCACGUCAAGCCCCCAGGCUCCCUCCUCAUACCCUCCAUACUUUGUGUCUGGCGUUCCAACCAUGGUGCCCAUUGCACCACCAUCUCUCGUGGACAAUGUGUCUUCUGUUCCACCCACAAAUGGCAGCCUGGUUACAACAGUGCCCGUGCAUGCUGUAGGGGUUCCCUACUGUGUGCCCUCACCGGAUCGUGACUCUCUCAGAGUGCUACAGUAUGUAGAGAAACAGCUGGCUCACUUCAACCCUUCCAGGUCCAACAGUCGACAGUCCUCUAGUCACUCUGAACUGAGCUCUCUCCAUGAGGGGGAAACUGCCUUCCGCCAAAACUACCAAACUGUUCAGCAGAAAGCCCUGCCGACAAUCCCUGAUCAUGACCCUCAACCUGAACCUCAGCGCUCCUGUGAAACUAACAGUCCUGAGCCACAACGUCACCACAAUAAACACUCGUCACCUCACCGUUACCGUCAUGACCUGACCUCAGAGCCUCACGACUGCCAGGACGAAGCUCUGCUGUCCCGUCGAUGCAGUGAUGAGCCUCCCUCCUUCUCUCGGUCAAACAGGACUGGCAGGAAUCAGUGGCAGCACGGCCCUGAUGAGGAGGAAAAGUACAACAGAUGGAAUCCUCGUUCAGAACAUCUACAUAGAAAGGCGUAUCGUACCACCGGACGGAGAGGCUCACUCGUUGAGCUGGAGGAGUUUGCUGAUACCUAUGAGCAGAGAGGAGACAGAGGAAGGAGGAGAGAACAAGAAAGGGAAGACUAUGAGACGGAGCUUGAGUUCAGAGGGUAUCCAUGCUACCGUAACGGCCCCCCACAGUAUUAUCACAACAGUGAAAAGGAUCUGGAUGACGACGACAACCGCCAAGAACAUUCCAGGCACUACAAGCAAAACAGACACAACAUAAGCCCACUGCAUUCUCCUAAAAAGAGGAGGGGCUCAUGGGAAAACGAGUGCAACGUCCCACCUCCUAAUACAUCAGGUCCACAACUGACAGUUUUUGAAGAAAAGGACUAUGAUCCCACAUUCCUAAAUAGCCUGCUAGAGCGCAAAGCUAAGUUGCGAGGAGUUUGUCAGGGAAAGAGUAGGUCCCGGAGUGAGGACGAUUCUGAUACACCCUCGAAGGGCAGCUCAAGAAAGGGGAGUAGGGAAUCGAAUCUGCAUUGUAGCCACGUAGCCAGUAACAGACUUGAAACAAGUUCCAGGCCUCCUUCAUCAGACACAGAGAGAGCGAGAGGUGACAGCAGGCCAUCUCCACGCCCUCUCCAUGCAAGCACCCACUCCCCCCAACCAUCCGCCCAUUCCCUGUCCAGUCGGAGGGAGGAACAAAGGGAGAAGUCCCAUAAGGUGGUCAGGUUCAGAUGCCACAAGAAUGAAAACUAGAACACCCUUCUCAGCCGGGAUUCCCUCAUCGUCUGAUUGACCGAAAGAAGAGGCCUAAAGCUUCAAUCUACAGGAAUGACAUGUCAGCUCAAGAAAAAAAAGGAUGACUAAUGACUGCGAGUGUGGAUUUCCCCGCAGCAUGCUCGGUACAAUUCUCAGAGAAAUACGGGAAUUUCAAGUCAGUGCUGAUAAGUGAAGAGGACAAUGAUAAUAUAGCUGCGAUCUCAGUGGCUGAUGAUGUCAUCAAGGGUUUCACUGCUACCAAGCUAAUGUUAGCAGGGACAGAUGACCUGGACCGCCCUGUUGUCUUUUUACAGCAGCUCUGGUGCAGAGACUUGCUCCAGCCUUCCAGUACAAUGACAGCGUUCAUUUCCAUUCGAUGGGAGAUGUGAAUGAAGAUGCACGUUUGCAGAACAGGCAGUAAAUGACAACAGCAUUAGUGUAAAUGACUCACUGCCUGCCAUUUAAAACAAUGAGAUCACUAUAUCAUGUUGAUACACACUUAAGUACUAAAGCACUUAUUUUGAAGAGAACGUUAAUGUUACAUGUCAUGUCAGCAUGUUUUUAUAGUUAAUAGAGGCAAUAAUAACUACUGUAUAGUUGUAUUUAACAGAUAAUUUAUUCGGGAGACAUUAACACAAACCACGAAAAUACAGAGUAAAUGAGAAAAGUGAGAAACAUGUAAAUGUAGCAGAACUGCCUCCCAGAAAUCUAAACACUUAAUUUAAAAAAAGAAAUAACUGGGAAGUAGUCAUUAUUCAUCAAACACUGUUAUUUUCCUAAAGGUUUGUCCACUUUUACUUUUUAAUCAUCCUUUGGCAACAAAGCUGCCACAGGAUGAUAAGUUCUGCAUUUUACUGUAAAUAUUUCACUGUUUCCAUAGUUAAUACAUACCAUCACCUAGCAACAUCUGAAGGUAAUGCAUGGAAAGGUUCCUCUGAAAUCCUUUAGUUCCAUCUCAAUAUUGAUAUGAUGAUAUGUUAUGAUUUAAUUCUUGAUUAAACUAAGAAUCUCCACAUUCAAUACUCCAGUCUAAAUUCAAAUGUUUCUAAAUGACAUCUGAUGAAAUUGGGUUUGCUGAUGUGUUUUUCUGCAUCUUUUUAGCUUUUAGCUACAAUUAGGAAUCAAUGUUUUGAGUGAUAGCAAAGGAUCUCAUAUGUUUUUAAGAGAGAGGAUACAAUUCUGGUGCUGUUUAUUUGAUUUUCAUCUUCUUACACAUGUUAACACUAUUAGAUUAAAACAGUCUAUAAAAAAACAUAAAGAUAAGUGAAUCUUCUAUGAAACAUUAUGAAAUUCAUUUCUUUAAGGGUGGAGAGUUCAGCAUUCUUGUUUAACAACAUUUGAAAUGUUGACUCUUUAAACCACAGAACGAAUUCAUUCUUAGUUCAUCCUAUAAAGACAGAAAGCUUCAUGUAUGAAAACAUAUAUCAAAAAUAUAUAGAAUUCCUUAAAAAAUACUUUAAAAAAUCUUUUACAUCUUUCUUCAAAGAAACUUUAUAGUUCAUCCGUUUGGCAUUAGCAAUAUUUAGAGUUAAUACUAAAAGUGAACGUUUCUAUAUCACAAAAUAAAUACCUCUUGACUUAAAUGUAUUGCAGUGGAUGCUGUUUGAAUAACUAAUGUGUGACUUUGUACCUUUUUUUAAAUGACUGUAAUCUGACCUUCAGUAUUACUGUUGAUUACUGAGUCAACAGUUUAUCCAACUGCAUGAGCCAUACACAUAAACACACUCUGCUUUUUGAAAUAAGUCAUGUUACUGGUUUGUUUUUCCACCUCUGUGUGUUAAAGCGUUCAGGCUCAAGAAAUGUGGGAUCAUUUUGUUUUGUUUUGUUUCAUUCAUUGUUGUUGGGUUUUUUUUUGCUGUUUGGUACUGACAUGUUUGUGCAUUUGUGGCUAAGAGAGAGAUGACUCUUUACUUUUCUGCAAAAGAGACAAUGUGUGAUUGAGCAUGACUCAUGUCUUUGUUCAUUGUUGCACUCACAUCUAGCCUGUUUCCCUCUGCACAGCUGUGUCAGAAGUCACGCCUCUUCUGCAAAUGCAGCCACAGAAAAUGAAGUUCUGAAGUAUGUAUUUGGGAUUAUGACAAUAAAGUUAUGCAAAUGUAUGUU